UUCAUUUUUUGAUUUUGCUUAUUCGAUUCAGACAUUGACUUAAUUUGAAAGAACAUUUUAAUUUGUAGGUCUUGUAAACAUGGCGGAGACGGAAAUGACCAGCCUGGAAGAGAUGUUACUGGAACAUGACAGAAUCGAGAAUGAAAUUUCUGAAAGAUUUCAAGCUUUGACACGUAGAAGUAGUGUAAUGGAGAUACGGGAUAGAAUGCGGGCAUUUAUCACCGAAAAUGCAAAUCGUGUCGAGACGCUUGAAGAAAAUAUUGACGCUUUAGAGGCCGAGAAAGAAACAGCUGAAAGAGAAAACCAAAGGCUUCAGCAAAGGUUGGACGAGGAACUGGAAAUGAGACGUAGAUCAGAGCAGGAUCUGAAAAGAACUAUCCAAGAUCUUGAGAAGAAGGUACAGCCACUUGAGCGGAAAUGUUCAGAUCUUGAACGAGAACUGCAGGAAGCGAGACAGAGAGCCGAGACCGCAAUGGAAGAAAUUCGUGGUUUAAGACAGGAAAUAGAGAAAGAGAAAAUAGAUAGGAGAAUUACCUUGGUGAAACUUGAAAAUGAUGCGACAGUUAAAGAAAGAUCCUUGAGAGAGGCUGAACUGGAAAAUGCUAGGCUGAAAGAAAAGUUAGACAAAUGUGAACGAGAGUGCGAGAAUAAGGGUCGUAACAUAAGCCUUCUUAGAGAAGAGAACGCGAAUCUAAAAGCAGAGAUAACAAAACUUGGUAUCAAACUGGCUUCUGAAGAACAGAAGUUCAAUGAAAGGAUAUCAGACAUGGAGAGACAAACUUUGCGCCGGGAACAAGAGAACCGUGAUUUGAAUGAUAAACUUGCACUUGCAAUGCGUAUCAUUCACGACUACACACGAAAGAGUGUCCGUACCAGUGAAGAAAUCAGUAGAAUUCGUGCAAGGCUGGAUGCAGUUGAUCGUGAGGAAACCAUGAAUAGGGAGCAACUUGAACGCGAUUUAAGACAAUUCAAUACACGAUAUUAAUCCGUUUAGAAAGACUGACAACCGCUAUGGUUACAUACAAUGUUUUAAGCUUUAUAUACUCUGUUUACUUUUCAUCGUUUUCUUACGCGCUGCCUUAUUUUUCUGUUUCUUUCACUCGUUGUUGCUUAAAUUCGUUAGUCUUUUUAUGGAUAUAAUUUAAGUUUGUGUUUGAAAAAUGCGUUUUCAAAACAAGUGCAGCCAGUUCAGAAAAAUCAUUUGAAAUAUUACUGAAACAGUUGAGUAAGCUGAAUUUCCUUAGUUGUAGGGAAACCCCUAUAAAUUAUAAAAAUGGACUUUAAUGAAAACGUAUGUAAAUCAUUUCAAAGACAUAAAAAGAUACUCUCAUCCUUUAACGUUUUUCUGACAUAAACAUUGUGACGUAACGACUGCGCGCAUAAUACAAUCAGGUAAAUGCAUGAGAUACUAAGAAAACUGGUUAUUUAACUUAAAAGAUCAAACAGCCAUUCACUCGUGAACAUUACUAAUAAAAUACUUACUUGGUGGGAAGUUUAGCUCUUACUCUGAGACAAACAUACCAACAAACAAAUAUUCUUUAUAUCUUGGCAUAUCUUGCUGUUUUUUUUUUCUUCUUAUUACAUAUCGAGUGGUGAGUGCAAAAGAGAUCUAAGUGCACAUAGAAAGAGAGGCACUUAGACUUUUUCGCACUCAUACCAUUUUAUAUACCACCAGUAAGAACCUAUGUCUAUUCUUGUGUUUAUUUUCGGCAAGAUAUAAAUUUACAGGUUCUUAUCUUGAAAUAGGUGGCGACAAAAUGUUACAUAUUUUUUAUCACCUUAGCAUUUUGUAUGCAAAGAAUUAUAUCCCUUAGCUAUUCUGGUUUAUUGCCUAAGUAUUUUGUAUGCAAAUAAUGAUGUCCCUCAGAUAUUUUUGUUUCUCACUGCGAAGAUUUAUGUCCUGCAGCUACACUUAUUCUUCACCUUGGCAUUUUGCAAGCGAAAUUCCUUCUUGUGAAAACAGCAUAUACUAAAUUGGGCAUAAUUUGUUCAAAGCAAAUUUAUAUCUUCGACAUUUGCGAAGUUCCAUCAACGUCUAUGCUAUUUUAACAAUUAAUGAGCUAAUAGGAAGACUGAGGCUUUUAAAGUCUUAGUCUCAAACUUACAACGUUGACGAAUACUAUCCCUGGUAUUCAGUACGAUCAUCAUAAUGAUGAGCAUAUCAUACAGACAUAUAUUCUCAAAAAUGUACAGAGGUUUAUCAUGGUUCCCUGGCCUGUCACAAACCUCUUGAAAUGACAGACAAAUGCGUAUGCCAAUAGCAAUUAACAACUUUUGCUUAUUCUUGUGUUUACUUUCGGCAAGGUAAGCGUAAGCUGUACAUAUCUUUGACAAAUGUCAUAGGGUUUUCACUAGACUAUCAUCUACUGCAAAUCAUGAAAUAUAAAAGUUUCAAAAUUCUAUUAAAAUAUGCAUUGUAUAACUUAUAUUAUUGUAGACAUGACUAUUUAGGGAGAGCGUUUUGCAGUUGAUUGUUGAUUUUUGUGUGUUUUAAUACAGAUGCUAUAAGUUAAACAUUAUGCCCGUAAAUAAAAUAACACAUAUUUUCUUAUAAAUAUGUGCUCUAUUUGAAUAUGUUAUAAUAUUAAAUGUCCAUUCUGUU